CAAAAUUAUAAAACACUGAAACAAAAGUGAUGAUACACUCUGUCCUCUCAUCACAUCUCAUCUCCUCUCAUCUCGUCUCCUCCACUUAUCCAUCCAGCAGCAGCCCUCAAUUCGCCAUGGCCGGAGUUCUAGAAACCCUAAUCAUUCCACGCGUCUCCUCCGCUCCCCCAUCCGCCUCCGUCCGGAUCUCAGAAUUCAGGGGUCUCAAGAUGCUACCAACUCGGUCGUCGGCUAAGCUCAGCACAACCCGCUCACCUUCUCGAGGUUCCACUAGAAUCGUUUGCGAGGCACAGGACACUGCUGUUGGAGUGGCUGCUGUUACUGAUCCUGACUGGCAAUCUCUUGUGCUCAAAUCUGAUUUGCCUGUUCUGGUCGAAUUCUGGGCACCGUGGUGUGGGCCAUGUCGCAUGAUCCACCCUGUCAUCGAUAAACUGGCUAAAGAAUAUGCUGGCAAGCUCAAAUGCUUCAAGGUUAACACCGAUGAUUGCUCUACGAUCGCAACCCAGUAUGGGAUCCGGAGUAUUCCUACUGUCAUAAUCUUCAAGAACGGGGAGAAGAAAGAAGCAGUCAUCGGUGCUGUUCCAGAAUCUACACUCACAACUUGCAUAGAAAAAUACUUGUAGAACUGUAAGUGCACAUGUAUCUUCUCAGAAUCCCUUGUAUUAUGUUGGCUUUUUGAAAUCUCAUUGAUUCUUAUAUUUGAGAAGUAACAUUGAAAUGAUAUGAGGGCAAUGUUAAAAAGUAAGAGGAACUGGUAGAGUGGCUCAUUCCAUUGCCCAAAAUCUAUUGCAGAAACUAUUAAGCAUA